AUGGCUGACUCUUUUACUCUACCCCUGCGCCCUCUGAUCGAGGAUCGCGACCGCCCAGACACCCUCCCUGCCGAGAUCGCUCAAAUCAACAACCAGUGGGGCUCAUUCCGCGACGUGAACGAAGAGGUUCUUCGGACCAAGAUCGCCGAAGAAUAUAAAGAUGACCUAGACGAGGAUGAGAAUAAUAAGAAUGCAUCGGAUCUUGACUCGACAGAGCGCCUGGAGCAAUUGUACAAGCGACGCAAAGAUAUCAUUGACUUCGCUACGCAAGCUCAUAUGGAGGCGAUGUUUGCCGUUGAUUUCAUUUCUCUCCUCCUCUCCAAAGACACCCCGCGCCAGGCCGAGACCUCCAUGUCGCCCUUCCUCAAGCAAAUCGCACCUCUUGGCUCCCUCAACGCCGAGGUUGUGAACCCUCCUCCAAAACCAGACUCUACAACGAAAGACAUAUCAGCAGUAUCGAGAGGGUGGCGCAUCCAGAACUUCAACGGGGCAGCAAACAAACUUCUUCAAGCUGCCUCCAGGCUUGAAACCGAAGUUGCAUCGGAGACUCGAUACUGGAAUGAAGUGUUGACUGUCAAAGAAAAAGGGUGGAAGGUCUCUCGACUUCCUCGUGAAAAGCAAGCACUCGGUGUACAAUAUGGAUUCCUCGAAGCUACACCCAUUUUCCGUGACCGCGGGCUCGCUUCUCUACGACGCGCCGAGAAUGGUAGCUUGAUACUAGACAAAGGAUUGAUUCCAGCAAAGGCCCGUUUUGUCCGGGUACGGGUGAUGCAGGACGGGCAGCUUGUAGGCCUCUCCAACUCGACUACUCCCACGAAUGACGAAGAAACAAUUGAGAGUCGGAUCUUGCAAGCGCGGGAUACCCUUUAUGAAGAGGAACUAUUUCAUGAGCUUGUCCGAGAAGCUAGAGCGACCGCGAGCUACGGCGUGACGACCCGUCGGAACCUCAUUCGAAUUCCCGCUUCUGAUAACCUUGAGAUUCUGCUGGACCUUGUUGAUGCGAAUGAAAACGACCCGCAGCCUGACCAAGACAUCUCACAAAAUGGAACCCGCAUCGCAGAAGGCUUGUCCCAUACAAUCCGCAUCUUGUUGGCAUAUGCCCACCGCCAAAACUUGCACCGACGGACCCUACUUCCACUGCCAUUGACCCCGAGGAAGAGAACGAUUCCUGAACACCAGCUUUUCCGUCCGGCGCUGGCUUACAUCCAACACAUGUCCCAUGUAUUGUGGCUGCAGUCAUUCUUGAAAGAUAUCUCUGGUGUUCUGCACUCGGCCGCCUUGGACAUUCCAGCGUAUACCAAGCAUGUCUUUUCGACAAGAUUGACGAAAACCUCCUCCACCCCGACAGCCGAGGCGGUCGUUGAGAGAUUCCUCGUACCAUUUGAGUCUACAUUUAGCGGCAAAUUGUUGACUCCUCGAGGCUCUUUCUCAAUCGCAAUUCGCACCUAUCUCUCCUCCCCUCCGUUCGGCACCAACUUUGAGGUGUCAUGCACUAUGCCCGAUUACCCUGAUAGCAAGUCCCCCGGUCGCCUCUCUCUUAGGGAGGAAGUAGAAGCUGCCAUUACGCAUCUCUUGUUACUCGAUGUUGUCUUUACCACCUCAUCCAACGGUCUUCCACCUCCCAAACCCGAAAAGGACACAAAAGAGAAUCCCGUCUGGGAAGCCGUUUAUCCUCAACAUGGUGAGCUUGUGCUAUCAUCAUCAAAUCCCGAAAAACACAAAAAGAUCAAGAUUGCGUUAUCUCGUCAUGAGCUAUCUCUCCAGACGUACACUGUGCGUUGCAUUGAUGGGUCUGGACGUGGACAUUGGGAGCAACCCUCGCAAACCCCCAAGCAUUACACCUGGGGAACUCCUUUGGCAUGCCACCAAUCUCUUAUGGCGGUUGUGCGCGAGGCAUCAAGCUGA